AUGGAUGCCCUGGCUCGUGCGCCAACCUACGAGUACACGACCCUGAAUGAGAUCGUUGGCCACCUGGAGGAGCGCCAGGUGUCCCAGUCGUCAGGCGCAUUCAGGCCCAGACAGUAUUAUCCCAACAUCUACCUCGUCGCCCUGGAGUGCAGCACCGUUCACCAGUGUCGCGGGGAUCGGUACUGCAGCCUGAAGGUGAUCGACCCCUCAUGCGCCGAGAACCCAGAGCUGCAGCAUGGUGUGGAGUUCAGGUGCUUCAUCCCCCCGGGAAACCCAGGACCGUGCCUUGACAAGCCCGGGGACAUCCUGAGACUGCACAGAGUCAAGGCAGAACUCUUUGCGGGGCGGCUGAGUCUGAGCGGGCGGGCUGGGAGCCUGACGGGAGGCGGCCCCUCCCGGACCCCCUGCUCGUUCUGCCUCUUCAGCGGCAGGGAGAGGCCAUACCAGUCUUCGCACACCAACCCCUCGCUGUCCGAGGCGGAGCAGCCCAUCGUGGAGGAGCUGCGGCAAUGGAGGGCGCGGGUGGACACUCACACCGUCUCCAAGACGGAGUACUCCCGCAUCAUCCGGGACAUCCGCCCCGGCGAGUUCUUCGACCUCGUCUGCCUGAUUCUCGCAGUGGCUCCUCAGGGCGACGCCGCCACCGGCGCGGACAUCGUGUACGUCUGGGACAGCACGGAUGCGAUGCCCUUUCCACCCAGGCACUACGCCACGGAGUUUGAGACGGGGGAGGACCGAUCCCCCCGCCAGACAUACUGGCCGCAAAGGGAGACCCCGCACCAAGCAAAACCCUGCGCAGACUGGAGCCUGGGGGCGCCGGUGGUCGCGACGCCCGUGGACGCGGACCGGCCCCUGGACACGCUGCGCACGCUGCGUGUCGGGCCCGCCCCCGCGCGCUACCGGGUCAGGGCGCAGGUGGUGGAGUUCUGCCCGCGGGAGCCCACCGCCAUGUGGCAGCGGGGCACCGAGGAGGAGGGUCUCGCUCCCGCCCUGCGGCUCCUCCUGCGCGACGGGACGGGGACGCUGGAGGCGACGCUGGCCGGCUCCGACGCGCUGCUCUUUCUUUUCGGCUCGCCGCGCCUGUGCGAGGCGCCCGCCAGCCCCGGCCAGCCCGCGGCCCCUUCCCAGCUGGGGAGCGACCUCACCCCCCUCCUGGAUCGCCUGACUGGGGCCUGCAGCACCACGGAGUGCGGAGUGUGGUCGGUGAUGAAUCUGCAAGCCUUCGUCCGGGCAGACGGAGCCCGGAGGUACCGCAUCACCGACACCCGCCUGACGGCCCAGUAG